GUUCAAUGCAGCAUCUUCAGCACCUGACGGUCAAGAUUAUAUAUAGCCAACCCUAAUCUUUCUAUAUAAUCCUCCUCCUUUGAAAUUCUUAGAUACUGAACCAGAUGGGAAGCGAAAGCUGUUCCUCUUCAGACGAGAAGAAGCUGGCCAUGGAGCCCCUCUUGGGCGAUAAUCUGAACCCAAAGGGAGGCCUCAGAACGAUGCCGUUUAUAAUAGCGAACGAGGCGUUUGAAAGGGUGGCGAGUAUAGGGUUACAAUCGAACAUGAUAAUGUAUUUGACGAGAGAAUAUAACUUGGAAGCUAUGACUGCAGCCUAUAUACUCUUCGUCUGGUCUGCUGUUAGUAAUCUUAUGCCAGUUCUAGGGGCCUUUGUUGCAGAUUCCUACGCCGGUCGUUAUCGGAUGGUCGGCUUCGGCUCUAUUGCUACCCUCGCGGGGAUGGUUCUGUUAUGGUUGACAGCCAUAAUUCCAAGCGCAAAGCCUCCUGUUUGUGACCCAGCAAGUGAAAUUUGUGAACGCGCGACGACAUCCCAGCUUCUCUUCUUGUAUUCCUCUUUAGGCUUCAUGUCUGUUGGAGCAGGCGGCAUAAGGUCGUCCUCUUUAGCCUUCGGUGCUGAUCAGUUGAACAGGGAAGACAGCAUAGAAAAUGCAGGCAUUUUACAGAGAUACUUCAGCUGGUACUACGCUGCAGUCUCGGUUGCAUCUAUGGUUGCAGUAACUUGUAUUGUGUACAUUCAAGAUAACCUUGGUUGGAAGGUGGGUUUGGGAGUUCCUGCUGUGCUCAUGUUCUUAUCGGCUCUUUCUUUCUUCUUGGCUUCUCCCUUUUAUGUCAAGUUGAAGGCCAAAACAAGCUUGCUCACUGGGCUGGCUCAAGUCAUUGUAGCCUCUUACAGAAAUAGAAAUGUGAAGCUGUCAUCUCAAGCUACUGAUGAAGUGUACCAUCACAAGAAAGGAUCAAUGCUUCUCAAACCCAGUGAAAAAUUAAGGUGGUUAAACAAAGCUUGCAUUGUGAGAGAUCCUCUAGACUUGACCUCAGAUGGAAGAGCUAAAAACCCCUGGAAUCUUUGUACAGUAGAUCAAGUAGAAGAACUCAAAGCUUUGAUCAAGGUUAUUCCACUUUGGUCUACAGGAAUCGUGAUAGGUAUGACUCUGGAUCAACAAUCCUUUCCCAUAAUCCAGGUGAGCACAAUGGACAGAAAAAUUACUUCCAACUUUGAAAUUCCUUCAGGGUCCUUUGGCAUAUUCAUGAUUAUCACUGUAAUAGUAUGGAUUGCUCUCUAUGAACAUAUCAUCAUCCCUAUAGCAUCUAAAAUCAGUGGAAAACCAACCUAUCUAAGCUUGAAAAAGAGACUGGGAAUUGGACUACUUUGCUCUUGCGCAUCCAUGGCAACAUGGGCAAUCGUGGAGAUUUUCCGGCGAAAAAUUGCAAUCGAGGAAGGUUUUUCCGACGACCCACGAGCUGUGGUUCACAUGUCUUGGAUGUGGUUAUUGCCACAUCUUGUCCUGGGAGGCUUGGCCAUGGCUUUCAACACCAUUGGACAGUCCCAAUUCUAUUACUCUGAGCUUCCUAAAAGCAUGGCUAGCAUAUCCUCCACUCUCCUCGGAAUAGGAAGCUCAGCAGCAAGCUUGGUAUCAAGUUUCAUAGUGAACACAGUCGAUAAUAUUACCAAAAGCGGAGGAAAGGAGAGCUGGAUUUCAACCAAUAUCAACAAGGGUCAUUAUGAUUACUAUUAUUGGCUUCUUGCUGGUUUAAGCAUGGUUAAUUUUAUGUACUUCCUGGUUUGUAGCAAAGCUUAUGGCCCUUGCAAAGGAGAAGCCUUUGAAAAGGAUGACAUGAGUACUGAGGAACAAUAAUUUUAACUUGUAUCUAUAAAAUUUGGUCCUCAUAUAAUUGAGGGCAUUGAAACA